AUGUCCGAAGACGCCCCCCAGAAACCAUCCAAACUCCCCAUCAUAGUGAACAAACCCACUCCCUACACAUUCGAUCUCGGUCUCCUCCUCGCCGAAGACCCCAAUCCGCUUCUCCUCACCACCUCCGCAAAUCUCGAAGAUGAUCUAGCUGCGACUGCUAGAGAUGGCGCGCAAGCACUAUUGAACCAAUUGUUGAGCACCUGUCCCAUCGCAUCGACGCCCAAUGGUGUAUUGCUGAGCUUACCUGGGAUUGCUACCAAGCUGCCUCGUGAAAAGCCUCUCCCUCCUCCAGUCGCCCAAACCACCUGGCAAAAAUUCGCAGCUAAAAAGGGUAUCAAACCCAAGACUGCUGAGGCCAAGAAGAAGCUUGUAUAUGAUGAAUCUACCGGCGAAUGGGUGCCCAAAUGGGGAUAUAAGGGAAUCAACAAGAAGGGAGAAGAUGAUUGGAUUGUGGAGGUCAAUGAGAAUAAGGAGCGCGAGAGAAAGGAGGGAACUGAAAGACAAAAUGAUGGAAGACGGGAAAGAAAAGAAAAGGUUAGGAGGAAUGAGAGAAUGCAAAGGAAGAACGAGAGGAACGAUAGAAAGAAUCACGGAGGAAAGAGGGAUUAA